CACUCCAAGUAUCGACUUUGGGUGCACUUUACGUGGAAAUUUUGCAUUUGAGUGACCAAAAGAGCAACUAAUUGGGAAAAGUUCUUAGAUGUCUGAAGAUAAUUCGUGGGUUUUUGACUCAUUGGUGUGCUUCCUGCAUGGACCAAUCUGGAAUGCUCCCCUGCAGACGUUCAUCGAAGAAAAAUCCCUAAUUUUUGAUCCGAACGAGAAGCAGGAUGAAUCUAAUCCUGAAUUCAUUACCAUUCACAAUGAAUACAAGAAUCUGGUGGACUUUAUGCUGGGAAGUUUCAUGGAUGAGAUGCAGAUUACGCCUGAGAAGUUUGAGGAAGCAUGUCUGGAGGGAAGGAAUCAUACUGGCACAAGUAGCGGUCUGACCUUCCAUCAAGGUCUGUUUCAGCAAAUCUGGGCAGCUAAUGACAUCCGCAUCUUCAUUCGCAUGAUGACACAGCGCAAUGUGGAGCUGCAGCUGCAGGCUCUUGAUCUCAUUGAGAGGCGUCAGAAUUCCCAACCGACUGGAGAGUCUGAUGUGAAGGAAUUCAGUGAACAGGGAGGAACUGAAGAGACUGCUGAACAACCUUCGGAUGUUCUAACUGCAGAUGAGUUAAACCUAGAGGCAGAUCCUCUCGAUACCCCCAGAGAAAUUCCCAAAGAAACCACUGAGAAACCCGAAGAACCAGACACAUCCAUAAGCGAUAAGUUCCAGAGGCUCAAUCUUUUCUUCGAGAAGGAGCAACUGUCUGAAGAGAGUGUGAAAAGCCGAAGAGACUAUCUAAUUGCCCAACGAGAUAAGAUCUUGCAGAUCAAGAAGCAGACUCGUGCAAGGCAGCUAAGUGAGACUGUGAAGAAAGAUGGGAGACCAUCUUCAGCUCAAGUGGCACAGAAAAUUCUCACUGGGGAAAAUCCAGGAGAAUCGGGAGAUCCUCCUGAGGCAUCCCUGCAACUACGAAAGACUCUAGCAAGGCGUCUUCGGAAUGAAGUCGUCGAUACGCCAAGGGAAUAACUAUAAGUAAUCCCUUGAAUCCUUAAAGUUCGUUUGACAAAUUUUAAAAGUUCUGUUUCGUCAGUGCUUGAAGCACUUUAAGUGCAUAAACGCGUUAAAAGUUUUGUGCUUAUAGAAGAAAGUUUUGAGGCUUCGUACAUACUCUAGCUUCAAACACUUCAUAUUUUUCCCAUGUGAAACAAUUCCUAAAAAAAUAGGUCAACAUGUGAAAAGUAUGGAAUGUUCGAAGCCAGAGUGUGUGCAAAGCCCGAAACAUCCCCCUACUAAAAAACAUUUAUGCUUUAUAUUUAUGUAAUAUUAUAAAAUAACUGAUAAGAUUAAGUGAAUCCUGAAUAAAUAUGUUGAGUGAGUUGCGAGAAUUGUUUAAUAAAGCGAGGUAUGCAGGUUUGUUGGGUUUGUUUUUAACAAAAUUUAAUUUGUUUGAUAAACCAAGAAAUCUCGAUGUUUUUAAUUUAUCCUUACUUCUGUGAGCUUUGAAAUUUUAAAAUAUACAAAUUAUGAAAUAAUAUAUCGAA